AUGACUACCUUGAGUCUAGAAGCCUGGAUAUGGAUCACACAAUGUGCCGGGAAAACUUGCAAAUUCUUCGCAUUUCCUACCAACUUGCCGCGCCUACCUACCGGCAACUCUUUACUUGCAGAAGCCCAUGAAGCACCCUAUCGGUCUAGGAAAUCCCAGCAGCAAUCAUACGAUCAGCAUGUGGAAAAAUUUCGCCAUGCGUGGCGAAAGAAAGAAAAUCCAGCCGCAGGGCUUGCAGAUGGAUGCAGUGGGAUAUGCAGCGGCUUCCGAAAAGGAUGUCCGGCGUUGUAG